ACGCGCUGCUGCUCUGCCUGUAAACUUUCUCCACGAGACCGAUCAGUUAGUUUAGUCAGUCAGUGAGCGCGCGGCGGACCGUUGGUCGUCCGGUGCCGUGUCCGUCUGUGUGCUUUAACGGAGCUCCUCCGUGCUUCGUUAUGAUUAAACAUGUCUGAUUAACUGUGUAACUCGGUGGUUUGGAGACGCGAGAGAUAACAUUAGAAGCCGGUAGUCGCAGGGAUUUGGAGACAUGGAGUCUGUGACCAAGUGGAGCCCGCAACAAGUGGUGGACUGGAUGCGAGGUCUGGACGACAGCCUGCAGCAGUACAUCCCGUCCUUCCAGCGGCAGCAGGUGGACGGGGAGAAGCUGCUCAGGAUGUCCCACCAGGAGCUGCUGUCUCUGGGUGUGUCAAGGGUGGGACACCAGGAGCUGGUGCUGGAGGCCGUGGAUCUGCUGUGUGCCCUGAACUCUGGCUUGGAGUCGGACAACCUGAAGACUCUGGUGGGGAAGAUGAGAGUGGCGCACCACAACCUGAGCAGCGCCGUGUCGCAGCGCAGGAAGAACCCCGCCUACCACAGCAAAACCUCCCAUCAGCCCUCCAACGAAUUCCUGACCGCCGUGGUGGAGCUGAUCGGAGCCGCCAAGAGUCUGCUGGCCUGGCUGGACAGGACUCCACUGACGGGCGCCAACGACUUCACCUCCACCAAAAGCAGAAUCAUCCAGCUGUGCCUGGAGCUCACCUCCACCGUCCAGAAGGACUGCACUGUUUAUGAGAUGGAGGAGAAGAUUCUGGAAGUGUCCCGAGCUCUGAACGGCAUCUGCGAGAAGACGGCCAAAGUGACCUCUGACUCCUUAAAGGGUGAGAUGGCCUGUCUGGAGGAGGUGCACAUCUCCAACAUCAAGCCCGGGGAAGGACUGGGGAUUUACAUCAAAUCCACCUACGACGGGCUGCACGUCAUCACAGGAACAACAGAAAACUCUCCCGCUGAUAAAACUCAGAGGAUUCAUGCCGGAGACGAAGUCGUUCAGGUCAACAGACAGACGGUGGUGGGCUGGCAGCUGAAGCACCUGGUGGAGAAGCUGAGGGGAGAGUCCGGAGGCGUCACCCUGGUGGUGAAGAAGAGGCCGUCUGGGACCUCAGGAGGCUUUGCGCCCGCUCCGCUGAAAAACCUGCGCUGGAGACCCCCCCUCGUACAGACCUCUCAGGGAGCUCCGGGUCUCCACAGACUUCGACAUCCUGAAACCUCAGACGCACCAGGAAAGAGAGGGAAGACAGCUGUCUUGGAUCUGUACAUCCCUCCUCCCCCCGCGGCGCCGUACGUACCGCUAGACGGGAACAUGAACGUGAACCCAGGUGUGAAAAUGAGGUCCAAGUCUCCCAACUCGUGUCUGGAUGCGGACGUACGGCGACGCUUCACUGUCGCCGACGACCGCAGGACGUCCGUCAAUCAUACGGCUGACGUAAACCAGCCGAUCCCUGUCCGCCUCAGACAGCGCUCCUCUUCACGCUGUAAACCUCGACCCGUCUCCAUGCCGGUGGAGUCUCUGUCGGGCGUGUCCAACCCGUCCUGCAGGCCCGGAGCUCAGGGAAGGAAAGGGCAGGACAUCCUUCACAGAUACCUGAGUAACGAGGGGAUCAGCGCCAUCACAGAGGAGGAGCCGCAUUACCCUCUGCCUUACCGAGGUCACCCGUCUAUCCGCGGCGUCGACCACAUCAGAGGCAGCCAGUGCUUCAUCAACACCGAUCUGCACAACACCGCCACCAUCCCUUACCAGGAAGCGGCGUCCAAAAAGUCCGCCGCCUCCACCGCCUCCGCCGCCGCCGUUUCUCCUCCUCCGGCCGCGACCAAACAGUCGACGUCGCUGCUCGGCGGCUGGCUGGCUCGUCUCAGGCUGCUCAGCCACUUUUUACCCGGCAGCGCUUUAGAAACUCAAGUUCCUCCUCUGCUGCACGUCACUCUGCUGUCAACACAACACACUGCUGGACGUCCAGACUGCAGGCGGGCUGCAGCCAUGAGUCGGCGGCGUAUUUCCAUCAAAGAUCUGGGCAAAGUGGACUGUCAGGGCUGGCUCCACCGCAGGAAGGAGGGCCGCAGCUUCCUGGGAAGCAAAUGGAAGAGAUACUGGUUUGUCCUGCAGAAGAGUUCUCUGUACUGGUACAAAGACAAGAUGGACGAGAAAGCGGAGGGAUUCAUCAACCUGUCCGGCUUCACCAUCGAACAGGCCAAACAGUGCAGGAAGAAACACUCCAUAACGGCCAGUCACCCGCUGGUUGUCACUAUUUUCAUCGCUGCAGAGAGCUUCACGGAGAUGAAUAAGUGGAUCAGUAAACUAUCGGAGGCGGCCGAGCCAUGUGGUCUGGUCAACACUGACGAGUGCUACAGCGAAGGCAGCGAUCAGGACGAUGACGACAAUGUGUUGACUUCCUGUUGUCCAGAACCAGCAGAUCCUGCAAAUGGAGAUGUUCUUCCGUCUCUCUCCUCACCCUGCACUUCAAUCCCGUCCAGUGAAUUUACCGGUGAAAGCAGAAGGAGAAGUACGUCGGAGGGAACCUUAUGUAGGAACAGAAGAGGAAGAAGAGUUGACUCAGGGGGCAGUGAGCACCUGUCCUGGCUUGACCUCCCCGGGCCGGACGGAGCCGGUGGAGGAGCGUCCCUCCCUCUGGUCCAGGUUGAAGAAGAGGAGGAGAAAGUCGUUCAUGAGAAGCCAGCUGAUGAGAUGGAGUGUCUCUACAACCACCUGAAAGCGGCCAGCUUGUCUCCGACUGGACAGUCCAAGCGCAAGGACUUCAGAGCGUCCUUCAUCAGACGCUGUCAGAACGACAAAAUCAACGACAAGCUUCACCUGCUCAGGAUCCUCAGCAGCACGUUAAAGGCCAAAGAGUUGGAGCUGCUGGCGAUGGAGCAGAUCCUGACCGACCCGACUCUCACGGCGAACACAUACAGGAAGUGGAGACUCUCCAACUUGAUCCUGCUGGAGGAGAUAAGUCAUCGCAACCAGGCAGCAGGCGGCGCUGAACAGCCGCAACUUCCUGAACAGCUGAGCGGCUGAGAGCAGAUUGUGAGCUCAGAGUCGGGACACGUUCCCACCGAGGAGGAUGAACUCGAUAAGCACUGGUGCACACUAGUGUUUGAAACCUAUCUGUUCACACUGAGACACUAAAAUGGUUGAAUUGCUCCUCGUGUGACGGUGAACUGGGAGCUGCUGCCAUCAUGUGGUGAUGAGUGGGACAGACAGCAGGUGCUGGUACUGUGAUAAAGGUGCUAUGAUAAAAUGUUGUUUAGAGCUGAAAUGAUCAGUAUUAACAGAAAAUUGUCUGUUGGUCAUGUUGUUUUCAAGCAAAAAUACUAAACAUUCAUGUUUCAGCUUCUAAGAUGUGAAGAUUUGUCAUCGACUAUGAUACAAGUGAAUAUUCAGUAUUUGAUGGAUGACUGUCAAGUGUUCAUACACAUUUGGAUUUUGAUGGAUUUCAACAACUUUAAACCCAAUUGUGUUUUAUGAAUAUGCUUGAAAAAUAUGUAAAAUAAAGUUACUACUAUUUCCAAGUACAUUUGAAAACAGUGGGACUGUUCUAAUUA